AUGGGCUGGGGAAAGCACCGUACCGGCAAGAAACACCGAGAGCGUCUCCAGGCCCAUUUGGCUGCCCAACGACCAGCGGCCCGCUCAAUCCGCCCGGGAGUUUUCCUGUCUCCAUCUGCCUUGGCACAGCUACGCCAGGUCAGGAUUCAGUUGGAACGUCUCAGGCUCGAACGGUUCCUGCGCCAGCCAAACCCAUCGCGGGACCUUCGUCUGCCCCCCAGGCCCCUGUUGCAGAGACCCCCUCGUCGGUUCCCUCCCCAGCGACCUCGUCGGCCCCCCAGCCUUCGGACGACGACGACUGCAAGGUCGUUUUCGCCCGACCCGCAACCUCCUACACCCAAGGAGUCUCAGUCCGAUUCGAGUCUAUCUUGCGACGAUACUACAUCGCAGUAGGAGCCUGUUGUGCGUUGGCCGUAACCCAGCGCCAGGCCCUUAGCGUGGCCCGAGAACGCGGCGAGCCCCCGACGUCAGUAGCGGACACUCUGUCCGCAUUUGUGCAGA